AAGAGAAUAUCCAAUUGGAAAGUCCCUUCUCUACUUCUCUCACCCAUUAAUCUAUACCAAUUUCCAGCCCCACAAGCAUCAAUAAAUUCCAAUAACCCUUCAAAAACCACAAUGUUUUUUCUCUGCUUUCUUACAAGCCACCAAUAAUUCUGCCUAGUUGUCGCAUGUAGUACUAGUAAUUAAAUGGGCGAAACCAUAGCCUUUCUCUUUCUAUAAAGGUUGAAUCUUUGCGCUUGACAAGAGAGAGAAACUCUGCUUCAUUAAGCUGUAUUAGCAACAUGACUAUUCGAGAAUUCAAAGAUGGGAAAGAGGAAAGAUCUCCUCCUCUGUUUGAGGCCGAAGUCAAUGCUAAGCCUCUGCGCAUUGCUCUGUUUGUUGAGCCCUCUCCCUUUGCUUAUAUCUCUGGAUACAAAAAUAGGUUCCAGAAUUUCAUUAAAUAUCUAAGAGAAAUGGGUGAUGAGGUCAUGGUCGUGACAACUCACGAAGGAGUACCAGAGGAGUUUCACGGAGCUCACUUGAUUGGCUCAAGAAGCUUCCCCUUUCCGUGGUACCAGAACGUACCCCUGUCACUUGCACUCAGUCCAAGAAUAAUAUCAGCAGUUUCCCAAUUCAAGCCGGAUAUCAUACAUGCUUCAUCUCCUGGCAUUAUGGUAUUUGGUGCUCUCACUAUUGCAAAAUUACUAUCUGUUCCGUUAGUGAUGUCGUAUCAUACCCAUGUUCCAGUGUAUAUACCCAGAUACACCUUUAGCUGGCUGGUGCAACCAAUGUGGUUAGUUAUAAAGUGUCUGCACAGAGCUGCUGAUCUUACCUUGGUUCCUUCUGCUGCCAUUGCGAAGGAUCUAGUUGAAGCUAAAGCAACGACAGCUAACAUGAUACGCAUCUGGAAUAAGGGUGUUGAUUCUGAGAGCUUUCACCCUCGGUUUCGCUCCCAAGAGAUGAGAUUACGAUUAAGCAACGGAGAACCCGACAGACCAUUGAUAGUUCAUGUAGGGAGGCUUGGAGUUGAAAAGAGUUUGGAUUUCCUCAAAAGGGUCAUGGAUGAGCUCCCCGAGGCUCGGAUCGCGUUCAUUGGUGAUGGACCAUACAGGAAGGAUUUGGAGCAGAUGUUCUCCGGGAUGCCAGCAGUAUUCACGGGUAUGCUACAAGGCGAAGAGCUUUCACAAGCAUAUGCGAGUGGAGAUGUGUUCGUGAUGCCUUCAGAGUCGGAGACUCUUGGACAAGUUGUUCUAGAGGCCAUGUCAUCCGGACUUCCCGUGGUUGGUGCUCGUGCAGGAGGCAUCCCCGACAUGAUACCUGAAGAUCAGCAGGGGAAGACGGGAUAUCUGUUCACCCCAGGAGAUCUCGAUGAUUGCUUGAGCAAACUGAAACCCCUCUUGCACGACCCAGAACUACGUGAAACUAUAGGCAAAGCAGCUCGUGUGGAGACAGAGAAGUACGAUUGGAGGGCAGCCACACGAAAGAUACGCAAUGAGAACUAUAAUGCAGCCAUUUGGUUCUGGAGGAAGAAGAGAGACGAGUUCCUGCAACCAUUCCAAUGGUUGUUCCAACGUUUCCCUCAAAAGCCUCGUGCCAUUCAGAUGUGAUCGUGUGACGUUGGUUGUUGGGAAUUCGGACAUCCAUACGCGUUUUCUGAAUGAGAAAACCGUGCAAGUUAGUUAACGAUCUGCAGUUGUGGAUUUCUGGUAUUGCUGCCGUAAUCCUAAUAGUAAGUUGGAUUAUGGUAUGUUGUAUUUUAGUUGAUUGAAGUGAACAAUUAUUUAAGAAUGUGUGUAGCUAGGUUUGGUUGGAAAUAUUGUUUGUGUAUAUGUUUUUGAAAAUAAAUAUGAAUGCAAUUUAGUA